CCUGCUCUGCUUGUCUGCCUGAAACCAGAACCGUUCCCAGGAGCAGGGCAGGGCAGGGCAGGGCAGGCGGGGAGGGCGAUGGGCUGCCACAGUUGCGUCUUUCAUGACUGCCCCAUCCCAUCCUGAGAUGGAGUUCAAUGAUUGCUUCAGUUUGACCUACCCUGGCAAUCCCUACCCAGGGGACUUGAUUGAAGUAUUCCGUCCUGGCUAUCAGCAUUGGGCACUGUACUUAGGUGAUGGUUAUGUUAUUAACAUAGCACCUACAGAUGGAGUUCCUGCAUCCUUCGCAAGUGCCAAGUCCAUGUUCAGCACAAAGGCUGUGGUGAAGAUGCAGCUCUUGAAGGAUGUGGUGGGAAAUGACACCUAUAGAAUAAACAAUAAGUAUGAUGAGAUGUACUCCCCCCUCCCUGUGGAUGAAGUCAUGAAACGGUCAGAGUUUAUUAUCGGACAGGAAGUUGCUUAUGAUUUACUUGUCAACAACUGCGAACACUUUGUAACUUUGCUUCGCUAUGGAGAAGGAAUUUCUGAGCAGCCUUCUCAGUGAUCAAUACCUCGUAUUAGCGUGGCACGUUUGUUAAAACUGAUGAACAAACACUGACACAUCAUCAUCUGCCAGAGGUCAUGGUUUGUGAUGUUAGGGUUCACUCUGAGUUGUGUAUUCCGUGAGUUUGCACGUUUAUAAUGGCAUAUAUUCAACAUUGAAGUAUCCUAAGAGUUUCCUUGCCCUUUGUACCAACCACUCCUCCUUCUCUCUCCCCAGGCCUCUGAGAAACACUUGCUUUUUUUGUACUGUCUCCAUAGUUUUGCCUUUUUCAGAAUGUCCUGUAGUUGGAAUCAUAAAUUAUAUAUCAUUAACAGAAUACGGCCUUUUCACAUUGGCUUCUUUCAGUUCAUAAUUUGCAUCUGAGGUUUCUCUCUGUACUUCCAUGGCUUGACAGUCAACCUUUCAUCAACAUGGGAUAAUAGUCCCUUGUGUUGAGCUACCACCGUUUGUCUGUGUACUCAUUGAAGAGCAUUUUAUUUGCUUCUGAUUCUUGGCCAUUAUGAAUAAAGCUGUCAUAAACAUUUUUGGGAACAUAAAUUUUCAACUCCUUUGGGUAAACUGUGUGCAAGGAGUACGAUUGCUGAAUCAUAUGGUUAGAUUAUGUAUAAUUAUGUGAGAAACUGAGAAACUGUCUUCCAACGUGGCUGCCACAUUUUGCAUUCCCACCAGCAGUGAUUCCUGUUGCUCCACAUCCUCACCGGUAUUUGAUGUGGUCAACAGUAGGACUUUAGUUGUCCUAACAGGCAUGGUAGUAUCUAUCUCUUAGAUAGAUCUCUUUGUUUUAAUUUGCAGUUGCCCAACUAUAUAUGAUGUUGGCAUCUUUAAUGUGCCUAUUUUUCAUUUGCAUAUCAUCUUUGGUGAAGUGUCUUGAUAUCUUUUGUCUAUUUUUUAACUUUGUUGUUCAUUCUUCUAUUGUUUGUAUAUUUUGGAUAAUGGUACCUUAGCAGAUUUAUCUCUUACAAAAGUUUUCUCCCAGUCUGUGGCUUAUCUUUUCUGUACUUUAAUUUCUAAAAGCAGAUUUUAAUGGUAUAGUCCAAGCAAAUUAUUAACUUGUGUACUUUUUCCUAAGAUGGACAUACUCUUGAACAGGCCUAGAUGAGCCAAUCCUGAGUAUGCCUGACUGCUUUGAUGACUAUGACCAAAGCCCUAGCAUCCUAGGAAGGAGUGUUUGAUAAACCCUGCAGUCAUCUACGACCACACGACACUGAUGUCUAGACACGGCUGCUUGAGUCAGCUGCUGCUUCAUGGGGCAUCCUCAGAAAGAGGCCUUUAUUUUGACCCAUGGACCAAAAGCCCUGUAAAGAAUAAUGUGUGUAGAGUUGGAUUUGGUGAUCUUAUAAUCCUGAAUAAGUCUUAAAGUAGAAGAUGCUGUGCACACUGCUUCAGCAGAAACAUCAUGAAAUUUUACAAUCUAACAGGUCAGAUCCAUUGUUUGUAACUUUUAAUGAUUGUUCCAAUUACAUGGGAUUUUCACAUCAAAAAUGAGACUUGAAAUAAAUGGAUGUUUGAGAUUUGGGAAUCAUGCAUGCGUUGCCUGAAGUAGCUUUAUUUUAAUAGUAUUUGCCCUGUAAUCUCAAGGGAUUCUGAUUUGGAAUGAGGCUGCCCAUUCUCUGCCCAAGCCUCCUGGAUUUCUGAGGUUUCUCUAACGUCGUUUGUUUCUAGAGGCUUACAUCUAGCCAAGGCACACUUUCCACUGGAUCCUGCAGAUUUCCCAGAGCUGCAGCUUCCUGUCAUUUGACACUUCUGCUUAAGGACACCAAUUGCACCUCUAUGUUUUCAUUGACCAGCCCCAGUUCUCUGCACUGUGGAAUCUCCUAGCUCUCCAUGCUGGUGACUCUGUACUGCAGUGCAUCUGGAUUCUUUCCUGGAAAACUGAUUUCUAGGCAGUGAUUAAUUGAAAGUUAUAAAUAAAAGACACAAGAAAGAAUCAAAUAAAUAAAAUUAAAAGCGUUAACAAGACUAAGAGUUGUUAGUUUUAGGGCUAGUCGUUUGCCAGGGCCAUAUUACCAGCACCUGGGACCUGCAGCAGAGGCAAGUCACUGUUACAGGCCUCACGCCUCAGGACUGCAGAGUGGUGGAGUGUAGGAGAUACCUGCUGCAAGUACACAGAGCACUGAAUACUCCGGAUGCGUACCUUUUCCUGGCCCUGACCCUGGCCCUGGCCUUACCUGCCUGUUCCCCAUAGGGAACCUGCUGAUAGGGAGGUGGCGUUUGCUGCAUUAAUGUGUGGGUAGCAGGCUCACUGGGGGCAAAAGAUGAGCUGGGUCCAGCCUCCCAGCUCCUGGCCUGAUGCCCAGAAUCAUUUGGGGAAAAUCUUUUACUUUACUUGGAAGCUAUGAUUCUUAAGCCCCACAGCAUAAAUGUUGUUUUCUUAAUGUCUAAUGAUUCCGAAGUAUCUGAACGUGGCCUCUGGGUCAUAAAACUGCACUCAGACCCAUGUGGAUGGAAGUCAGUAUUAGCUGAGUGCCAUGAAACCAUGAAUAUUCAUGAGAUCCUCUCAUCAGGAUGAUGAUUAAUACCCUUAAAGCUAUAAAUGUCUGCACUCGUUUAUGGACAAUUGAGCUUGAGAGUAGUUGAUUUUAUUUUGUCUACAUGAGAGAUUAAUUUUUGACAUAAUAGUUAACAGCAGUAUUGACUUUUCUUAAAGUUUGUUUGUCAGCAUAGAAAUUAUAUCUAGCAAACAAGAGCUGACGAGUGUUUAGCUCGGGUCACACCCCAGAAUUAUCUCACUAACAGAUAUUGUUCAGACACACACGCACACACACAGAGUCACAUACACACUACUCACCCUGGUAUAUACCCAACCAAAGUGUAUGUUUAGGAUGUAGGAGCUAUGCAGUGGGAGAAAAUGGAUUGCAGAAGACUCAACCUAUCUCUAAACAUCUUGGUAGUAUGACCUCUGGCAAAUCUCUUAUACUUCCCUAAUUUUUGCAAAACAGGUAUGGUACUGCCUCUCUUACCCAUGUAUCUUGAUAAUUAAUGGGAGCCAUAUUCCUAGUGAGUAAAUAAACUGUCAGAUGCUUUAAGAGUAUGAUGAAUAUAUAGCUUUGUGUACUAUCUGGUAUAAUUAUAAAUUGAUAUCUUCAUCUGUGUAUUGAAUUUUAAUCUCGCAUGGAACUUUAAUUCAUCCAUUGUGCAUUCAAAUAGGUCUUCUGUUUAGGAAACAAGUUGAAGCUUCAUUGAGGACACUGAGAUGUCUUUAGAGUAAGAUGUGUUUGUUUCUUG